AUGGAACACAUAGCUGCAGCGGAGGAGCAAAUUGUAUCGGAGAGGCUUCAAAGAAAGCUCGAAGAAGUUAAUGUAGCUGCUCAGGCUCAGCUUUCUCCUGUCCAAGAUCACAUCAAUUUCACCCUGCAGCAAGCUUACUUCAAAUGUGCAUAUGAGUGCUUUGACAGAAGUAGAAACCAAGAGGAGAUAAGUAACUGCGUUGAGUACUGCAGUGUUCCCGUUGUCAAAUCUCAACAGCAUUUUGAGAACGAAAUGGCUCAGUUUCAGGAAAGACUGAACAGAUCUUUAAUGGUGUGUCAAGACAAAUUUGAAGCUGCAAAGCUCCAGAAGAUAAGGCCUGAAGCGGUUAACGAGAUGGAAAGUUGCGUCCACAAAUCCAUUGAGGACAACCUCAAUACGUUACCACACGUUGUGCAGAGAAUGAAGACAGCAUUCAACAUAACUAACUAA